UUGCGAUCGUAAGAUUAGUGUUAUCAUGGACGUAGAUUGGAUCGAUGACGACGAAGAACUGGCGGCGGCCUUGGCGGUCCACGAACAGCAGGAAACCGAGGACCACAAUGCAACGGGAGGGAAUCCACGGCCGGAACUUUCCGAUGAAGCCUGCGAGGGAUUCGAUGUGGCCACCGGGCACAACUGGAUCUACCCGAACAACCUGCCCCUGCGAUCCUACCAACAAACCAUCGUCCAGUCGGCGCUAUUCAAAAACACCCUGGUGGUGCUUCCCACGGGACUGGGAAAGACCUUUAUUGCGGCGGUGCUAAUGUACAACUUCUACCGUUGGUAUCCCCAGGGGAAGAUCGUUUUCAUGGCCCCCACCAGGCCGCUGGUGUCGCAGCAGAUCCAAGCCUCCCAGAAGAUAAUGCCCUUCGCCUCGGCCGAUACGGUGCAACUUACAGGUCAGCUGCCUCGGCCCAAACGGACCGAGCUGUGGGCCACCAAGCGGGUCUUCUUUGCCACUCCGCAAGUGGUGCACUCCGACAUGCUGGAGGCGGAUGGCGGGUCCAUCUUUCCCUUCGGCUCCAUCAAGCUGCUGGUGGUGGACGAGGCGCACCGGGCCAAGGGUCGCUAUGCCUACACCCAGGUGGCCGACUGCCUGAUGGCGCGCAACAGGAACUUCCGGAUGCUCGCCCUGUCCGCCACGCCGGGCAGAACCAUGGAGGAUGUGGCGGCGGUGUGCCAGAACCUGUACAUCUCCAGUCUGCAGGUGCGCUGGGACACCUCGAUCGAUGUGCAGCCCUACAUACACAGGCGCACCAUUCGCACCAUAGUCGUGUCCCUGAAGGAGAGGAUCAAGGAGCCGAGGGAGCGAUUGCUGCAGAUCAUCGAACCUUACCUGCGUCAGCUGACAGAAGCGGAAAUGCUGAAGGGGAACAAGGGGAACGUGAGCAAGAACAGUCUGCUCUUCGCGCAGAAAACCUACACCGCGCAGGGCCAGCGACAUCCGGAUCACAACAUUAUAAUGGGCAACUUUGCCAUGUGCAUCAGCAUGUAUCACGCUUUGGAGCUGAUGGAGCGCCAUGGUCUUCGGGUGUUUGUCAACAACUUUGACGCCGACGAGGACGGGCACGAGAAGUUUGUGUUGAGCAGAGAUCGCGAUCUGAGGGACUUGGUGGAGCAGGUGCGACAGGAGCUGGGCUCCAAUCCGCUGGACUACACCACGCAUGCCAUGACGAACGGAGAGGUGGCACCGUUGCCCGCGGAUCUCGACUUUGGGCAUGCCAAGUACGAGAAGUUGCGACAGGUGUUGGUCCAGCACUUUGAGUUGAAAGCCGAUUCCCGCGCCAUUGUGUUUUGCGAGUACCGCGAAUCCGUCAUGCUGAUCCAUCGGUUACUCCUCCAACACAGGCCGCUGCUGCGUCCGCGCUGCUUCGUUGGCCAAGGCAGCACGGUGGGCGCCAGCUACGCGCUCACCCAGAAGCAGCAGCUGCAGAUCAUGGCCGACUUUCGAUCGGGAACCAGCAACGUCCUGGUGGCCACGUCAAUCGGAGAGGAGGGCAUAGACGUGGGCGAGGUGGAGUUGAUCGUGUGCUUCGACAUGUGCAGCACCAACCCCACACGAUUCGUUCAGAGGAUUGGACGCACUGGCAGAAAGAAGAACGGCGAGGUGGUCAUGCUGGUGACCGAGGGACGAGAGCAGCAAGUACUCAAGGAUGUUUUGGCUACCAAGGAUCAGAUCAACAAAAAGCUAUUAAACUCAUCCGUGGUCAAGCUGUCGCUGUACGAACAUAAUCCUCGAAUGGUUCCCUCACAGUUUCAACCGAAGUGCGAGGAGAAGCACAUGGAGCCCACCGUUGAGGAGAAGCCCAAGCCAAAGACGAAGGAGGUCAAGAAACGGAAGCAACCAGCUGUAAAAUCGGACAGCCUGAAGAAAUACUUCAAGGAAAGCGCCCCAUCCGAGAGUCAGCAGGGAAUUUUGCAGGGACUGCAGCCCUACCAAAUGAGCGAAGCAUCCCAGCAAAUGGUGAAGCAGCAAGUCAUCCGACGGAGCGUGAAUUUGAAGAAUUUCUUCAUGGAAACUCAGGCCAGCUCAGCACCAACGAGCAGCCAGGAAGACGUGCAACGCCUGCGAAAACUCAAUCGCCUCCUACAGUCGAACAAACCCAUGUUAACGGACUCCGAAGAUCUUAUAGGCCAUCUGCAGGAUGAGCAAUUACCCAGGCCACUGAAGCUCUACUUGCUGCAGAGCAAUCCCAGCUUCCUCAGGGAAACCCACUCGAAAAUGCAGAUCCAAAGCGAGUUGAAUAUUCCUGACGAUCGCCUAAACAGCCGACAGCAGCGUACUAGGAACAAUUAUCAACUGCUGCUGGAUAUUUGCGAUGGAACUGACAAGUUAGAGGAGAUGCUUAUAGCUGCUGAUAAUAAUAAUGAAUCAGAGAUAACAUUCAGGGAUCUCAAGAAUCCCAUGGAUAAGCAGAAGGAGAUCGAAUUCGCUGCCAUCUGUGAUAAGAUAUUCGAGGGCCUAGAUGAAGAAGGUCUAAACUCUGACAAUUUCGAACUGAAGCGAGAACUUUUGGAAAAGCUGGAGUUGCGAAAUCUGGAAGCCACAGUAAAUGAGCAACUGGGUGACAUUGAAACCACCUAUUCAGAGGACGAAUGGGAGGAGCGGGAAGAAGAGGUUAAAUGCGAGUCCAUGUACCUAAGCCAGCAACUGAAUUUCUCAGCCGCCGAUGCAGUGCCCCAUAGCUCCACGCCUCUAAGGGUAAAGCCCUUGAGCAAACUGAUGUUCGAACCCCUGCAGGAGGAGAAUGAAGAGGAGUGCAACUCCAGGGUGGAGACCAGCAAUUUGGGUGACGAUUUGGGUCGCUUAAACUCAUUGAUGAGCGCUAGUGAAUCGAUUUUUAAGAUUGAAGCGCCCGAAGUUUCUCCGCCUCUGCCUAUUGUAGAAUCCGUAACGGAAGAAAAUGUCUGUCCUGUUGCCGAAGAAAGCGAGAUAUAUCCAAUGAGUUUGGACGAGACAAAGGUGGAGGUUAAGGCCACUCCAGAUGGGAAAACGGAAGCAGAAUCCACUAUAGAUGAUUUGGAUAUCGAUUUAAAUGAUUUCCUAGAGCCCAUGGACGAGGAAGUCGAGCUGAUCUCUCAGAAAAAGAAAGACGAAUACAACACAGAGAAAGAGCAAAUAAAUGGCCCGGGGAUAGAAAAACCAUUGAAAGAUGAACUUGAUCUACUGUCCGAAGAUUUGAAAGAUUUUCUAGAGCCGAUGGCAGAGGAAGUAGCGUUGAUGACACAGCAAAAGCAGGAUGACUUCAAAGAUUUCCUACAGCCAAUGUCCGAGGAAUUGGAACUAAUGAGCAACCAGAGGAAGGAAAUGCUGUCUCCAAAAAUAGAAACGGAAAAGAAAGAACUUUUGACUAUACCAUCUGAGAAAAGUUCACGUACAGUUUCCCCAGAUAUCUUUAACUCCGACUCUCUGUCACCUUGGAAGCCACAGGGCAAAAGUCUGGCCGCCAAAUUGGCAGCCAAGUCAGCCACAAAGCCUUUGCCGCGCACUCCUCCGAAACCAGCAAGCCUUAAUUCGCCAGAAAACCGCAAGCGUACGAAUCCUCUGACUCAGGAAAAAUCCCCCAGCAUCUUCGAUCUGUACUUGAAUCGUAUGCGAGGACGUGGUCGUCUGGCUAAGGCUGCCGAAACGCUGCACCGGAUGACUUCAACCAAUACUUCAAUCUCUUUGGCUAAAGAGGAGGAGGAUUCGCCUAUUGCACGGCGGCCUUCGAAGCGCAAGAUUGUCAUAAGCUCCGAUGAAGAGGAGGAACAGAAGCCACAGGUUGCGGAAACCCAGGCGGACUGCGAGUCGGAUGAGUGGGAGCAAAUUCCCAACACUCAAAUGCCUGAAACUCCCACGCCUCCCCCAAAGCCUCGUCAUAAGCGCAGCAAGUUCAACUCCUUUAUUCUGGAUGAGGCUGAUAAAAGCGGAUCAGACCAUGAAGAGGAGGCGGAGACCACCAUUGGGACAUAUCUGAAGGACUCUGUGAUAGUUUCAAGCGAUGACGAUGAUCAUAACGACACCAACGCACACGCCAUUUAUCUACGUGCCAUGAAGAGCCCCAUUCAAAGGCCAGGCGCCUUCAAGAUGCCCCCUCCACGAGUUUUUCGCGACGAAUCCCACAUAUUCUCACAACCAGUUGCUGAUGACUCCUCGCAGUACUUGCAGUGCUCCUUUAUCAAUGACGAUGAAAGUUCAACCAUCGAUCGUGAUGUUUCCGAAUGUCCGCUUGAGAAAGCCGAACGCAUUUUAAAGGAGCGGCGGAAGCAGCGUCGACUAGGUAAAUUGCUACCAGCACCUGCCAAUAAACGACGACGACUGCAAACCAUGAGCACCUCUAGUGAUGAAGACGAUGUGGUAUUUAUUGGGUGAGGAGAGUUCGGACACUUCCCAGUGCCAUUGAAAAUCAUUUGUGAUUCCUUUAUCUUAUCCCGAUUUUAUUUUGUUUGAUCUAGAAGUUACUUACAUUUGUAAAUAUGUCAAUACGUGAUAGAGAUCUUUUGAAGUCCACAUGAUUGCAAACAUAUAAGAAAAUACUUCGACUUCCGAUUACCAGUAAAGUACAAUACUUAAUUUUUACGAAUGUUUAAUGUUAGAUACCUUUAAGAGCUGUACAAAUGAUCACAAUUAAAUCUUUGAAUUGAUAUUGAA